AUGGCGCCACGAACCCGAGAAGAGCUCCUCGCCUAUGGAGUUCCCGAUCCGGACUUUGAAGCCGAACUCGCGGCGCAUCCCCUCCGCGAGCCGCAACCAAGCGACCCGUACUACGGCCGCACUGACUUCUUCGCCAUGCGUGAACACAGGGCGACACGCCUCCGCGAGAAACAUCACCUACGCUAUCUCCCAGGACCAAUCCCGGAGCAGGUUCAUGAGGAGGACCACAAGAUCUUUGCUAGGGAUGGCUAUGAGAUUACUGUCCGCGUCUACACCCCGGUGAAGCCUGCGGCUGAUGGAAGCCCUCUUAUCGUCAUGUAUCACGAAGGACGCUGGUCUUCCGGUGAUUUGACGGAUGAAGAGACCAACUGCCGUCUGUUUAGCCGUGACCUCGGUGCAGUGUGCGUCAACGUUGAUUACCGUCUUGCGCCCGAGUUCGCAUUUCCUACUGGUGUGCAUGACUGCUGGGAUGCACUGGAAUGGGCCGCAAAGAAUGCCUCUGAGCUGGGAGCAGACCCUUCCCGCGGCUUCAUCAUUGGCGGAGGCUCAGCCGGGGGCAACAUCACCGCAGUCCUCGCCCACGUGGCCCGCGACAACAACCUCUCACCACCGUUGACCGGGCAGUAUCUUUGCGUCCCAGGCAUCAUGUGCUUCCUGCCACCCGAAGCCAUACCCGAGAAGUAUCGCGCCGAGUAUCUCAGCCACCCGGCCGUGACGCCCUCGAAGGACCCGGUCGGCGGCCCAAACAUGCAAGAAGCCGCGGCCAAGCUCAUGCUUAUGCUCAAGCCGGACAUGCAGAGCCCUCUGUUUGUGCCGUUCCAUUUCGGGAAGAUUGGACAGGGCCAUAAGGGACUGCCGCCUGCGUACUUUCAGGUAGCUGGUCUGGACCCGGUACGGGAUGAAGCGCUUAUCUAUGAGCGCAUCCUGAGAGAAGAGGCUGGUGUGAAAACUCGACUGGAUAUAUAUGCUGGGCUUCCGCACUAUUUCUGGACGAACUUCCCGCUGCUGGAGAAGAGUAAGCAAUUUGUUGAGGAUACUGUCGAGGGCAUGAAAUGGCUGUUGGAUCAGAAGUAG